GCCACACUCGCGCGAGCGAUCGGAUCACGCUGGCACGCUGCUUCCUUCGUACAGUAUGGCUCGCUCGAUUCCGGUUGUGCUCGUUGUCACCACGUUCGUGAGGCAGGCUCUCCGUUCACCCGCAGGCACGACGCACGGCGAAUAAUCACCGUCGCAGCCAUGGACGAGGAAUGGGAUGUGGACAACGUCGAGGCGAAAUUCGACCUCGCGAUGAGAUCGAACAAGUGGGAGGGCGAGGACGAGGAGGAGGAAGUCAAGGAUAGCUGGGAAGACGUGGAAGAAGAGAAGAAAGAUGUAGAGAAACCAGCAGAGGCUGGCCCAAAAGCAAAGCCGAAACCUAAAAAAGCCUUAGCUGAAAGAAUUGAGGAACGUGAGAAGAAAGCGAGGGAAGAGGCUGAACAGAAAGCGAAAGAAAAGGAGGAGGCUCUUACACCCGAAGAAAGGCGAACUGAAUUAUUAAGGCGUCAGAGGUUGCAAGAGGAGGCGGACCUACGACUGGCGAUGGAAACUUUCGGUGUUCCAGAAUCACCGAGCGAAUCGCUCGAUACUAUGACACCCGACACAAAGGAGGAAUUUGAGCGAUUCGGUACAGCACUUUUGGAAAAAAUUAAUCAAUUUAACAAACACGCGGAGUUUCCACCGUUUGCAGAAGAACUUAUAAAAUCCAUUGCUCUUAAUUUAUCAUCACAUUAUUUGAAAAAGGUGAAAACUAUAGUUGACAAUUUACUUAUUGAGAAACAGAAGAUGGAGAAAGGUGACAAGGCGAAGAAGAAUAAGGGAAAGGGAAAAGCCAAGCUCAAAAUUGAGGGUGACAACACCUUGUUGAGUGAAUACGGUGAUUAUGUAUAUGACGAGUUCGAUGAUUUUAUGUAGCGACUUUUCACAUAUUCAUACAUUCUAGUCGCCUAAAUACACGCAGAACAAAUGUUAAUUUGCAGAAUUUAUACAGAAACUUUAUAUUUGUAAUUUUCUGCAUAUUGAAUUGUAACCAAAAUGUACAACGGUUUAAUCUGUAAUCCAUGAUAUCGUUCACACACCUAACAAGAUGAGAAACACACAUAGCAAAUAGAAGUGAAAGCUAGCAUUAUAAUAAUUAUUGGCGGAAAUGCUUAAAAAAAAAUAAAUAAAGGACACUCCGAUAACUACGUGAUGAUGUCGCGUUCACGUAGUUAUUCAGAACAAUGGGAGGUUCUAUAACUUACUGUUGAGUUUUGUCGGAAUUUUAUUCACGCGUCUGUCGUUAUCAGUUUUUGAAUUCUGAUGUUAAUAUCAAUAACAGGUUUACCUCUGAAAGCAUUGAGUGGUAUAUGCGAUUCUAACUUAUUGAUUGUGCAUAUAUUAACACAUUGGACAGCAAAGGAUAGAAGUACACAUUUACAUCAUUUAAGUUGUAAUACGCGUGUCACUCUGUUAAAAAGGAAGAAACUCUCCUCGACUUUAUAUAGCUGCGCCAUUUGCAGACUAAAUCGUGUAAUUAUAUUGUGGAAGUUUUAUAUAUAACACAGCUUGUAUUCAUAAACGCAUACACACGUAAUUUUAUUGAAGAUCGAUUAGAAGUUGGUUUUAAAGAGAGUAUAUUCCUAAAUAAAGGUUGAUUAUAAAUUAUUCGCCUCUAUAAUUCUUGCUCACAGUUUACACUGAUUGUACAUUUAUCGCAGAGAGAAAGAGAGGAAAAAAAGAAAUGUCUUUUUUUGUAUUUUGUUCCAACUGCGUUUCUCCACAUUUGUAAAUCGUACCUCGUUCGGCUGUUGAUAGAAAAUUGUCUACAUCGUUCAGCCUAGAGAAAUUAACGCGGGAACGGGAGUGGUAUGUAUCCAAGGAGUAUUGUGAAAAUGUUCAUACAGUCAUGUAACGAUGCAGCAUUAAAUAUUCCGAUAUCAGGAAAACUAUUUUGCAAACUGAGAGUUGCGCGAACAAUUCCUGAAAUCUUUUUUACAGGUAUUUACUGCUGCGAAGGAAUUGAGAUUGAUUUAAUAAAUAUCAUUUAUUUGA